AUGUCAAUAUCACGAGUUGGUGACCGAAAUCCCGGCGUCUAAGAUCAAUAGAACCGAACCGAUUGUGACGUAGCAGAUCUUGUGACUCCGGUUCUUUGAAUAAAACACCUGUGUUUUUGCUGUAUGUCUGUCUGUCAGUAUCGGAUAGUAGCCAGAAUGUCUACUGAAAAAGAAACACUUCAACAGCGUAGCCAGCCGGGACCAGGGGGACAACAAGCCCCACCAGCCCAGAUCCCAUCGGGCUUCACACCCCACUCACAGGGCGCUAAUCCAAACGGGCACCUGCCGCCACCAUUACACGGGGCUAACCUUCCAUCACAACCACAGAACCUACCACAAGGUGGCUAUCAACAACAGCCGCAAUAUAUAUACCCACAAGUACCACAAUACGUUUUGCCCCAGAACCCUUCGUUGUCACAGCAACCACCUACAGGAUACAUUCGUUACAAUCUUAACCACCCAGUUAUGUUUUGUCCGACGCCAGCUCCAAAGAAAUCCAUUUUAGAGGCGUAUCUGCUGCUGAUUGUUCUGGGCUUAUUCGGAGGACACCAUUUAUACCUUAGAAGUCCUGUAUUGGGGUAUUUUGUACUUUUUGGCUUCGGCCGAUCACUGUUGUGUCCAUAUGAGGCAUCCGACAAAUUUAACUAUUUGCGCAGGCAUUGCGCCUUGGCCUUUUUUUAUUUACUAUGCAAUGACAACCUUAUUUAA